AUGUUUCAGCAUGUGGCUGAAGGAAUCACAAAUUCCGGGCAACAGAUACUUGUGAAUAAGAUCUAUACCGAACUAUAUAUCACAGAAGAAGGGUCUGAAGAGGUUAACGCGAGCUACAGCAUCAGACAGAUUGAAAAAUCAUUAAGAAAAAAUGAGCAUGCAAUCAAAAUGGACGAUUUCUUUCAACCCAUACCUGGCCAAGAUGAGUCAAAAAGAACAGUGAUGACAAAGGGAGUAGCUGGAAUUGGGAAAACAGUCCUGAUGCAGAAGUUUGUUCUGGACUGGGCUGAUGACAGAGUCAACCAGAACAUACAGUUACUGUUUCCUUUCACUUUUUUAGAGCUGAAUUUGCUUAAAGAGGAAAAGUACAGCUUGGUGGAACUUAUUCAUCACUUCUUUCUUGAUACCAAAAAGUCAGGAUUGUGUCAUUUUGAUAACUUGCAAAUUGUGUUCAUCUUUGAUGGCUUGGAUGAGUGUGAGCUUCUUCUUGACUUCUAUGACAAUGAAAUCCUGAAUGAUAUUACUGAGCUAGCUCUAGUGGAUGUGCUCCUAACAAAUCUCAUCAUGGGGAACCUGCUGGCCUCCGCUGGCCUCUGGAUCACCACAACACCUGAAGCAGCGAGCCGGAUACCUCCAGAGUAUGUUCACGUGGUGAUGGAGAUUAAAGGGUUCACCGAUCCAAAGAAGGAGGAGUAUAUCUGGAAGAUUUUCAGAAACAAAGAGCUGUCCAACAGAAUCAUCUCCCAAAUCAAGACAUCGAGGAGUCUCAACAUCAUGUGCCACAUCCCGCUCAUCUGCUGGAUCACGGCUAAUGUUCUGGAAGAUCAGUUAAACGAGAGAGGAAACCUUCCUAAAACUAUGACUGAACUGUAUAUGUGUUUUCUACAACUUCAGUCCAAACUUGCCACUAUCAAAUAUAAUCAAUUAAUGCAGAGAGAACCACACUGGAAUACUGAGAGCAGGAGGAUAAUUCUAUCCUUGAGAAAACUGGCAUUUGAGCAGCUACAGAAAGGCACCGUAAUGUUCCAUGAAUCAGAUCUAAGAAAGAGUGGCAUCAGUACCACAGCAGCUUUACUGUACCCCGGGGUGUUCACCCAUAUCUUCAGAGAGGACUGCCAGCUGUACAAGGACAAGAUGUUUGGCUUUGUACACUUGAGCUUUCAGGAAUUCCUGGCUGCUCUUUAUGUUGUAGUGUUAUUCUUCGACUUUGGUGUCAACCUCCUGUCUGAUACACCAACAACCUCCCAGAAAUCAGUGGAAUUGACGCUGAAACACCUCUGUGAAAGCGCAGUGGACAAGGCUUUGGACAGUCCAAAUGGACACCUGAACUUGUUUCUUCGCUUUCUUGUUGGCCUUUCACAAAAGACGAGUGAAACGCUCCUGCAAGAGCCCUUGGAAAGGACAGACAUUAGCAAUCAAGGCCAUCUUGAUGGAUCCUGGUUUGGAGAGAAACAGUAA